UCCCCCGUCUCCACAAGGCAACUAUUUGCCCGGGACACGUACGUGAACCUCCUCAAAUUGGCGCACUAAUCCUAAAAGGAGCCAUGAAGUGUUAAACGGUAGAAACGGAGAGAGCGGCGCUCAGAUACCCGCACGCUGGGAGAGAGGGAGGAAACAGCGCUGCUCCAAUGCGUCUGUGCAACACAGACUGAAGAGAGAGAGAAAAAAAAAAACUUAUCGACUCACAAAACCUGAACCUGCGCUGCGCAAUUAGUGCGAGAAAAUUCACUUUUUCCUCCGGUUUUGAAGAAAAUAAAUAAAGAAAUCAAGCUGGCUCAGUGCGUGUCUCAGCAGCCCACUUUGACAGGUGCUCCUCACCCCCUUUGGAGGACUGUCAACAGCAAGAGGAUGGCAUCAGAGCUGGCAAUGAGCAACUCCGACCUGCCCACCAGUCCCCUGGCCAUGGAAUAUGUUAAUGACUUCGAUCUGAUGAAGUUUGAAGUGAAAAAGGAGCCGGUGGAGCCCGAUCGCAGCAUCAACCAGUGCAGCCGCCUGGUCGCCGGGGGAUCCCUAUCUUCCACCCCGAUGAGCACGCCUUGCAGCUCGGUUCCCCCUUCUCCAAGCUUCUCGGCGCCCAGUCCGGGAUCAGGGAGCGAACAGAAGGCGCACUUGGAGGAUUUCUACUGGAUGACCGGGUACCAACAGCAGUUGAACCCCGAAGCUCUGGGUUUUAGCCCGGAGGACGCCGUAGAGGCGCUGAUCAGCAGCAGUCAUCAGCUCCAGACCUUCGAUGGCUAUGCCAGAGGGCAGCAGUUCGGCGGCGCAGCCGGCGCAGGGGGCGCAAUGGCCGGGGAGGAGAUGGGAUCAGCGGCCGCAGUGGUGUCCGCGGUUAUCGCUGCAGCCGCAGCUCAGAACGGGGCUCCCCACCACCACCACCAUCAUCACCACCACCACCACACAGGGGCACACCACCCCUCCUCCGGGUCUCAGUCCAGCGGCGGCCCGGGGGGAAACCACCAACAUCUGCGCUUGGAAGAGCGGUUCACGGACGAGCAGCUGGUGACCAUGUCGGUGCGGGAACUGAACCGGCAGCUGCGGGGGGUCAGCAAGGAAGAGGUGAUCCGUCUGAAACAGAAGAGGAGGACGCUAAAGAACAGAGGCUAUGCCCAGUCCUGUCGGUACAAGCGGGUCCAGCAGCGGCACGUUCUGGAGGGAGAGAAGACGCAACUCAUGCAGCAGGUGGACCACCUCAAGCAGGAGAUCUCCCGGCUGGCCAGGGAGAGGGACGCCUACAAGGAGAAAUACGAGAAGCUGAUCAGCACCGGCUUCAGAGAAAACGGAGGAUCCAGCAGCGACAACAACCCUUCUUCCCCGGAGUUUUUCAUGACGUCAAGAAAAUUCCUCCAUCUGUGAUAGAGAGCUGUGCCCUCUCGGCCCCGCCACCCUGGAGUCUGAGAUAUCAUGACACUGGAAUGCUGUUUCAAGACCAACCUACGGCAUCCGGACUGCCAUAAAGCACAAUGUCUCAAAAGCGUCCCACCCCCUGUGGCUUCAGGGCAACCAAUCCACAGCAAAUCCAAAGCCGGAGUUCAAUACUAAAGCGGAUGAUUUAAAAACAAAACAAAAAAAAAGGAGAACUGAAGAAAUUAAAGAUCCUGGACUCUGUAAAUAAAAUUCUCCACCUUCUGUAUUUGUCAUUCAAAUGGACAAAGAUUAACCCGUAAAUAUCUCCAAAUUGUAACUUACCAGAGCAUAGAUUGUCAAUACUUAGGUUGAGUAAAAUAGCAGAAAAAAAUAUGAUGUCCACCCCCCCACCCUUUAGCACAUGGCCAGAAAUCAGGAUGUUGUAAAUACUGUACAGAAAACAAAUAGGGACGUUGAUAAGAAAUAUAAUUAUUGCAAAAUUGUGUACAUAGCCAUUAGAAUCACACCUCUACUGUGUUUGUAAUUCAAUAAGUUUCACAUGCCCAUUACUAUUUAUUUCUUCUUGCCCAAAAAGAUUUAGCACAACGAUUAGCAAACGCUCUGUAUCAGAAUAGGAAACAUAAACACCAACAUAGAACUAGACAAGAGGAUACUGAACUUAGAGACAUUAAUUGGGAAGACAUUAUAUUUGCUGAUAGCCCACUAUUGCUGGAAUCAGAUGCAUAUGCCGUAGAGUGUAUGCUUACUAGUUAAACCUUGUAUUGUUAUCAAAACAGGUCGUUUGCAUUUUGUUUACAUCUAAUUUAAGUAGACGUUUGAGAAAAAAAGGACUUUAGAGCUUAAAAAGGUUACAGAGACACACAGACAAAGAACAAACUGACAGGUUCGGCUCAGAUCUUCACCUUUCCCCCACUCCCGGUUUUAAAAUACUACAGCAGAGCUUAACUUCACUUAAACUUUAACUAAUUCAAUAGAUUGUAUAUGAAAUCCCCUCCUGUGCUGUAUAUUUAGUGUUUUAGACGCUGUAGUGAUGUGACAUAUCCAGAUGGGCUUCCAUGGUUUGGCAGCUCUUACAGUUAGUCCACACCUAACGAAACAUCAGCUGUUUCCUUUCUGAUUCCUCUUUGGCUAGUUGCCCUCCUCUUCCUCUUCGUCUUCUGUCCAUUAGAGGGCCUGUAUGCCCACUGACCUCUCUGCGACCAGGCGCUCGCUCAGCUCCCACAGGCUGGCAGCACUGCUCGGAUCCUGGGCCUGGGCGGAUGUCUGGCAGCGGAAGCAGUUGUUGAAGUACAUGCCGCCCAGCCCUUCCAGCUCCGGUGCUACCGCACAGUACACUGUGGUGGCCGCCCCUUGUUGCUGUGGACAGACAAAAAAAAAAAAAAACACAAAAAGAAGAAGAUGAAUCAGUGGACGAAUCGCGACGCUGAGACAGCAAGGCGGCGUCGGCCUGCAGGAGCAGACAAAAUAUGGAGAACUCGUCUAACGACACGCAGACUUUAGGAUGUGUGCUGUAUGGAGGAAAAGACAGAGGACAUAAAGCGGACUCUGACCACAUUCCUUUGUCCUCUGUGAGACCCACACACACAUAGACAGACACACGCAUACACACACAGACAAAAAGAGACAGCAGGACUGUGUCUACAGGGGGGGAAAAAAAAGACUCGCGCACACGCUGUCUCUCCCCUCUCCCUGCAUCCCGAUGACUGGGUCAUAUAACUCCUUACUGUAUAUAUAUUUAUAUACAUAUAUUUAUUUAUUUAUUUCUCUGCCAGGUGUGUAUAGGACAUCUCGCUAUGUGGGACCGUGUGAAUGCUACAGAUGUAUAGACUCACAGUGGAUAAGGCGGGAACAAAAAUAUUACACCAGCUCCUGUCUGGAUGGGAGUCGCCAGGGAAACUACAGCUCUGACGUGCGAUGUGUGAACAGCAGGUUUCAAUGCCAUGAUUAUCAAUAUGUAUAUUUUUCACGUGAUGUUUAUUAAUAUUCAAGUGCUGGAAAAUACAAGUACAACUAAGUAUUUAAAUCAAAAGUUUUUUGGUUGUUGCGUACAACACACAAACACGUCGCGCGGUUUUCCCUCCAGUUCUUUCUCAGUAAUUCUCCUCUCAAGGCAAGUUUAAAACCUGAAGAUCACUCAGCCCGGAAAACUCACUCUGCUACACGUCGUCUCAAGCCGAGACGCGCUGUAAAAGUGAAACAGUAUUUUUACGCAACCUGCUAAGUUCUCUAAUACACCCCAUCCCAUCAGUCAGUAAUUAGCAGGGAUAUUCACGGAGAGAGAUUUCGGUGACAUUUGAAAAUGAAAGCUGAAACUGCGGCAGAAUAAACACGUCAGAGAGAAUUACACACAUAACCCGACCGCUCAAAGAGGGAUCUUUCAUGCUGCAGCUCCGGCUAAAAGCUGCUGUGACAGCUUCCCUGCGAACUCCAGGGCUGGAGACGACUUCUAUGCGGCCACAUGAAAUGGCUCGCCUCUUUAUCUCCUGAUGUGAGGGAGCGAGAGUGAGACGGGGGUGGGGGCAGAAAGAAUGAGAGGGAACACUGAUGUGAUGACUGAAGGCUAGUGUUUAGCACAGAGCACUGGCACACACUGAGACAACCACGUAUAUGCAGUAGUCAAACGCGGGCAACACACACAAACGUACACACAGGCGUAAUGGAGGCACAUUACAGGCCAACUGUUUGAACAGAUUCCCAAAGCACAGGCCAGCACACUAAAAGUGGCAAGAUCCUAUGUCAUCUAAAGCAUUUAUGCUUUCACAGCCUAGUACAAAAAUAUGCACCAAAAUGCAAAUGCUACGAACACAAAAACACACACACACAUAAAGCAGAUUCCAGGAAAUGUGUCUCUCAUCGACACACGCAAACCAAAACGGGCACCCACACACAACUCCCUCUAAGCUCUGAGUAAAGUUCCACCAGGAGGAGCCCUGGUGUGUAACGUCGCAGAAGCAGAUUGAGCGUGUUUGAAGUGCUCCGUGAUGAGAGAGCUCGUAAACAGCAGAUGAAAAAGGCAGCAUCUCUCUGUGCGCCGCUGUCUGUCUCACCUGCCAGCGAGGCGAUAACUUCAUCCACAUCACAUGUCGCCAUAUCAAAGACCGACAAAUGCCAAGCAGUGUCUCUGAGUUGCAGGUUCACACGCACUCAGUUCAACUCAUCUCUCUCACUUAGGGCAUCUGAUUUAGCUCGCCUGAAAGCCAAAUGCCUUUUAAACUUCACUGAAGAUUUCAGCGCCGCCGGCUCUGACACCCUGACACCACCUUGAACUCGGCUGACUUUCAGACAAGUUUGUUUGCGUCCAAUUACCAGACAGUUGGGUUUAAAUAUUGAUAUAAAAAAAAAACAACAACUUUCAUGUUCAGAAUCCAGAUUUAUGUGGCUGAAAUCUGAAAGGCAUUUCUAGUCUUUAGAAAAAGCUUCUCUGCUGGCUGCCACGCAUGCAGUUAGUGACAAACGGAGCAGUACACGGGCUGUUUGUGCGGUGUGCCCAGCAAUGUGCUAUCUUAUUGGUGUUUAGCUCAUCCCCCUCACCACUUGACCUUGUGACCUCUGUAAAAGAUAAGGCUGAUGAGAUUAGGCAUUAACAUGCUCAACCACCCACCACAGCCAUUUAUCACUGUGUGUGUGCGCGCACGUGUGUGUGUGUUUGCAGAUACCAGGCAAGUAGGUGGCGGGCAAGGAUUUCGCUACACUUACAGUUACACGCUGCCUGAACACAAGAGCGUAUCUGCGCACAAGCACGAACAGAUACACAUAUGAACAACCCGCACGGAAGGUAAUGCCACCAAACCAGUGUGCAUCGAACACAUCUGUGCCGUCCAAAGAUGAUUUCUAAUCCAAGUUCAACUGUAGAUUAAGUCUGUAAAUUAAGCUGUCUACAAAAUGAUGGGUUAGUGUAUUUCUAUACUGUGCACCUUAAUGUGAAGCAUUACCUUGACUACAGUAGUUUUAUUAUCAGAGACAUCUAUGGUACCCAGAGCUACGACGUCUGCCCAGAGAAACUGACUUGACACUGACUUAAGCUCCAAAAAUAUGGAUACUCUUUCGGAAUUGGCCUCUUCAGGCAUUUUAGCCCAAAAAAUAAAAAGUGAGACAAGUAUAGGAAUGCAGUUACAAAUCUAACUUUAAAUGCUUUGAGAGGGAAACUCUUUAAAUCCUUUAGACGACCAUCUUGCAAUUCCACUUUAGACUUAAGCAUGACUUCUUUGGAUGACUUCAGACUUCACUUUCACAUUCCCCAAAACAAAACUAGCUCUGUUACCACCACACUGAUUCUAGGAGGGAGGGAGGGAGAGAGGAAGGGGACAGACAAGGAGGAUCCAAACCAACCAAAACAACUCCAAACCGAAAUUUUUUUCUCUAUGCUAAAAAUAAAAUGCAAAGAUCUCAGCAAUAUGAUAAACCAAUGCCAAGUGCAGAAGCGGGUUUUAUAGAUUACGUGUGUGUAGAUCUUCCUUUGUGGGUAAUAAAAAUAAACAUAAAUACUGAGGAAAGACUUACAAAACACCCUGCAAUAAGCUGACUGCUGAUAAGUGGCAAUAAGCCUGUACUUAGCCUGGGAUUCAACACUACGGUUCUGGAACUGCUCUGGGACCAGAUCCAAGUCUUCCAAUCUCAGCAUUGACUCAAUACCCAAGGACCUCAUGGACUUGCAAUAGAAAUGUCCUUGUAUAGUGUUACGCAAUAACCCGUUGUUGAGAACAUCUUACUGAGCGUAUCAAAAGCAAAAAGGGUACGUGGGGGAGAUGUGAUGUUGAAUUAACAGUAUUGUUACUUUGCCGUGUUCUGUUUUGUGUCUUCAUCGUCCGAGUUGUAUAAGCUUUCUCCGACCCUGUGCAUGUGACCCUUUGACCCCCACAUCUGUAGUUACGUCAUUGACCUCUCCCUCUGACCUGGAUGUAAAUAACCCAGUACUGUAGAGCAGUCUGUUUUUGGCCCAUCCCUGUACAUACAAACCUGUAAAUACUAAUGGCUAUGCAUGCUGAACACCUAGCAAUUCUUUCAGGUACUUUUAUAAUCCCCAAAUUCUCAUAUGGCAUGUGCUAUAAAAAAAAUAAUAUAAAAAAGUAGAAAAAGUAAAAGAUUCAAAUGAAAAAAAAAAAGUUUAAAAUAAAUGCGUUGGUAAUAUUGUCAGGCAAUAUCCUCUCUUGGACAGUGUGUGUAGAGUCUUCCUGUUUUCUUACUCCUGUGGGUGGUUCUCUCCCUUUGCCUGUCCUGUGUUUCUGCUCACCAUCUGUGUCAGUUGUUGUCAGUUGGCAUUUGUACAGCAGCGAGGGUUGAGGCAGAGAAUAAAAGAGAGGGGGAGUGUUCACCAGCUGACCUCUGUGAUGGCACUCCAAUUCAGCAGCAGUGCUAAGUUUUGGCAAAGCGCUUUGCGCCUGGGACACAAUUUAAAAAGUUUGUGCCUGGCCCGAAGCACUCAUACUGUACAGCAUACUGUAAAUCAGUGUUUGCAGUGUGAAGGCCCUCUAUAUAUGUGCAAAGGUACAAAUUGGGUGUUUUUCUAAGUUUAAUAAUCUGGAGAACCUACUGUUUUUAGCCCAUUUUAGACAGUCCCAUUUUAGGAAAACUGACAUGUUUUCUGUCCUCAUUUGUAACUAGUAAAACAUCUGGAUUCUAAAGACAAGUACUUUGAGAAAAGUCGUUUUUAACCAUCCAGUGUCAUAAGGCUACGGCACUCAAUUGGAAAAGUAUUUCCUGGCUUGUAGUCUUAGUAAAGAGGAGGAGUGCAGUUUUUGCCUCAGCCCUCUGCCACGCCUCGUGGAGUAACUAUCCUGAAAAGUGGGACUCCAAACUGAUUGUGAUUCUGUUCCAGGAAUGUUUUUUCUUUUUUUUUCCACCCUGAACCUGUGAUGUUUAAAAUAGAUGGAGGUGUCUGAUUUUUAAUCUGUGCUAAAGAUAUUUUACAUUUAAUAAAUAACCAUUGAAAUCAAA